UUUCACAUACACACACACACACACCCAAAGGCAAUUUUCAAUAUUUUCAAUUUCUGGACCCUACGAAAUUUCGAAAUUCUGGAAAUCAGCUAAAAAUUAUUGAUCGUUUCCUCUCAAAUUCAGAUUAACACUCAUUCAGAUUGUUUACAGCGGAUUGAUUCUGCUGGCGACCGUGAAUUGUUCGAAGGAGGAGAGGUGAAAUGGGGAAUCAGAAGCAGAAGUGGACGGCGGAGGAGGAGGAAGCACUGAAGGCGGGGGUGGCGAAGCACGGCGCUGGAAAGUGGAAGAAUAUCCUCAUAGAUUCAGAGUUCGCUCCAAAACUUGCAAACCGUUCCAAUGUUGACCUCAAGGACAAGUGGCGGAACAUGGGUGCUAGCCAUGGACAAGGCUGUAGAGAUAAUUCUGUGACUCCAAAAGCAAAAGCAACUGCAUCCAAUGCAGCAGCCCCAAAACCUCAAAAUAGUUCUACUGUUUUUAGUUCGAAGGAGAAGGCUAAUGAAAAUCCUCCACAUAGCCCACAGGAAACAAAGAAUGUCCCCAAAUACAAUGCAAUGAUACUUGAAGCACUUUCGUCCUUGAAAGACCCCAGCGGCUCUGAUAUUGGUGCAAUUGUUGGUUUUAUUGAGCAAAAGUAUGAGGUGCCACAAAAUUUCAGAAGGUUAUUGAGUUCAAAGCUGAGAAAACUUGUUUUGCAAGGCAAACUUGAGAAGGUUCUACAAUGCUACAAGAUUAAAGAUGCUUCCUUGGGCACCAAAACACCAAGUCCAAAACAAAAGGAUGUCAGACCAAGGCCAUCACAGCAGUCUAGUUUGACCAUCUCUGAUGAAACAGUGGAAGAUGCAGCUAGAUCAGCUGCCCAGUGGAUCGCUGAAGCAGAAAAUAAAGCCUUCGUGAUGGCUGAAGCACUUAAAGAGUCUGAAAGGGUCUCACAAAUGGCUGAAGAUGCAGAUGCAAUGCAUACACUCUGUAAAGAGCUUUUUGAAAGAUGUUCCCGAGGUGAAUACAUCCUUAUGGAUUAGCUGAUCUGUAUGAUAGAGUUACUAAUUCGUCAUUGUAUAUAAGAUCCAAUGAGAGAGGAGAUGCUCCAUCUUCUCCGUACCAGAAUGAGACUAAUUUUGUUAGCUAGGAGGCGACAGGCUCAAGAUAAUUCUGUAUUUGUGAGUCUAUGCAGUUAGGUGAUAAUUAAAGAAUUCUUGCAAGGGUGCCAUGCUUUUGACAUAUCAUCGGAUUUAGGGACGACUACUAAUUGAUGUGUAUUCUGGCCAUCUCUUCUCAACUCUCCCCUAUGGUCCUGGGUCUGUGAUAUUGUUAUAUAACAUGACAAUUCUUCAUUACCUUUAAAAUCGUCCGGUUUCUAUUUCUCUCUCCUGCACUUAUUUCUGGAUUGGUCCCUUCUAUUGGUAAGUUCCUCGUUCUCUUGUUUCAUUCGCUUUUUACUAUCAUUUCAGCCUAUUCUUGAGAUCAUUUUAGCAGGUACCUAAAGAAACAUGGCGAAUACUACAAAAGAUAAUAGUGAAUGCAGCCAAUUUUUAUCUAACACCACCAACCCAAUUUGAGACUAGACAACAACAGAUAAAAGUGCCCAAAAACUUAGUACAAAUGUUCAGUUACAAAUUCAUCUACUUUGGUUUUAAACCAAGUCAAAAGACUAACACAGAGGGUGGGAAUUAUAAAAGGAUAGUUUGUCCAUCCAUGAACUCAUAAGAGCUCACUCAUACAAAAAAUGACUUGCUCUGGAG